AUGGGCUGCCUGUUUUUCAAAAGUGCUGUUGACAACUUACAACCUCCGAAAAAAUCCUUUUUUGAGUUUCAGUUGAAAGACAUUGAUGGAGUAGACACUUCUUUGUCCAAAUUCAAAGGUAAAAAAGUUAUAAUCUGUGUUAAUGUUGCAUGUUCAUGUGGCUUAACGUCUGGUAAUUAUAGUGAAUUAGUUGCUUUAUACAAAAAAUACAGCGCCUAAGGAUUGGAAAUUCUAGGCUUCCCUUGUAAUUAAUUUAUGAAUUAAGAAUCAAAACCUGAACCAGAAAUUAAGGAAUUUGUUAUCCAAAAAUAUGGAGUAUCAUUUCCAUUAUUUUAAAAAAUUGAAGUAAACGGACCAAAUACUCAUGAAUUAUAUUAAUUUUUGAGAUUGAAUUCGAAUAACUUAAGAGUGAGUGAAACCUCAGCUCGAUAAGUUCCAUGGAAUUUUGGAAAAUUUCUUCUUGAUAGCUAGGGAAACGUUGUCGCUUUUUUCUAGCCAACUUAAAAGCCAAACGAAAUGAUAGCCUAAAUAGAAAAAUUGUUGAGUUAAUGAUUUAUUAUAAAUAGUCAUUAAUGAUAAAUAUUUAGAUUCGUAGUAA